GGCCUAAGCAGUUUAAACAUAUUCCCAAUAAGCUUCAUUUAGCUCUCACAUUACCAGGAUCUCUUUUCUCUGCUGCAUAUAUAACAAUGGAUGUGGUCACAAGUAUGGUUGCUGACAGACCAGUGGUCAUUUUUAGCAGGACUACCUGUUGCAUGAGCCAUACCAUCAAGACUCUCAUCAAUGGGUUCGGGGCGAACCCCACGGUUUACGAGCUCGAUGAAAUUCAGAAUGGGCAACAAGUUGAAAGGGAACUGCAGCAGAUGGGGUGCAAUCCCAGUGUACCAGCUGUUUUCAUAGGGCAGCGGCUUGUUGGAGGUGCUAACCAAGUCAUGUCCCUCCAACUCAGGAACCAGCUUGUCCCAUUGCUCAAAAGGGCUGGUGCUAUAUGGAUUUGAAACAUAAAGUAGACUUUCAUUUACUUAAAAGUUCAAUACCAUGCAUGCUAUUAAGCAAAAAUAAAGUGAGAAAUGGUUUUGUUGUCUGUGUCCACAUAUAUUUGCAGAGCAUAGUUGUACACCAUUUUUUGGGGCCGAGCAGGGUCAUAGCAUUUACCUUUUACUAAAUUUUAACUAGGUAGAACUUGUAAUUUAACUUGCUUAUGUAAUAUCCCUUAUCUAUUCUAAGUAAAGGUAUAUCUGCUAUUAGUGGCUUGAACCUUGACUUGGCAUGCAAUGCAGCAUGAGCUGAAAAUAAAUUAGUGAGGUUAAUUACUUGUUUUAACUAGGUUGAUCUUUCAAUGGAAAAAAUAAUCAAGUAUCAAAUAA